AUGUGCAGACUUCCUUUGCUAUUAAUUUUGGGUCUAGCCUGCGCACAGGCAGUGCCGCUGGUAUCCUACGACGACAUUGACGACACGGAGGCCAUUGAGCUGCCAGGCAUUGAAGAGCCAUCGGCGUCUAGUAAGGACAUCAUUGACUUGAGCUCCUAUGGCAGUGCCAUGUAUGGCACUCCCGAUCAAGAGCUAACAGCUGCCCUUGUGGGCAAUUUCAGCGCCGACACUGACAAGGUUAAUCCCGAGGAGUUGGGCAGCUAUCUUGAGGGAGAUAUACUCGUGCCACAGUCACCGAUUACCAUGAAAAAUGGCCUGACCACACAGAGUUCGCGCUGGCCCAACGGGGUGGUGCCAUACGAAAUCCGCGGCAGCUUCAAUGCCCGCGACAUGGCUACCAUACAGGGCGCCAUAGAGCAGUAUCACAAGCGCACUUGCAUCCGAUUUGUGCCGCGCAGCAGUGAACGGGAUUACAUUUCAAUUGUGAGCGGUAACUCGGGCUGUUGGUCAUCAGUGGGUCGUGUGGGUGGCAAGCAGGAGGUGAAUCUGCAGUCGCCUGGCUGCUUAAGUCGACCCGGCACAGCCAUACACGAGCUGAUGCACGCCCUUGGCUUUUUACACGAACAGAAUCGCAUGGAGCGUGAUGGCUUUGUGGCUAUCCAAUAUAGGAAUAUUCAAUCCGCAGCCGUGAGCAAUUUCGAGAAGGCCGCCAAGACGGAAGCAUUUGGAAUCCCCUACGAUUACGGCAGCGUAAUGCACUAUUCAGCGAAUGCUUUCUCCACCAACGGGCAACCAACUAUUGUGGCGAUGCAAUCGAAUGGUGCUUCUAAAAUGGGUCAGCGCAACGGAUUCUCUGACUUCGAUGUGGAUAAGCUAAAUCGCAUGUACGACUGCGGCUAUGUGGGUGGAUCUGCGCCCGCGGUUGGAGCUGGCGCAGCAGCGCCUGCCCCUGCACCAGGUGUUCCGGCGCCAGCUCCUGUUGUUCCCGGUGGCAAUCCCAUCGUCGAUAGUUUUCUCAGCGGCCUCAUCAGUGGACUGGGUCUUGGAGACGGCGAGGACGAAAAGGCCACUGAAGCUAGCAACUAG